CGCCGGCCUUAAAAUGGCGGCGGCUGGAAGGAGGGCGGCAGAGCGCGGAGUCAUGGCGGGGGCGAGGGUUUGCCUGACGCUGCUCGUCGCGGCGCUGAUGUUCGCCGGCGCCGUGCUGGCCCGUGAAGACCGCCCGCGGCUUUUGGGAGCCCCGGUGGACAUCGAUAACACCGACAACGAUGAGGGGCUGCAGCGGGCCCUGCAGUUCGCCGUGACGGAGUACAACAAGGCCAGCAACGAUAUGUACUCCAGCCGGGUGGUGCGGAUCAUCAGCGCCAAGAGGCAGAUUGUGUCUGGAAUCAAGUACAUAAUGACAGUUGAGAUUGGCCGGACAACUUGCCCAAAGCCGGCAACUGAUCUCCAGAGCUGUGCUUUCCAUGAUGCGCCGCAGAUGGCUAAGCACACCACCUGUGACUUUGUAGUGUACACCAUUCCUUGGCAAAAUGUAAUUAAACUACUGACCAGUAACUGCAAAUAAGCCUACCUUGGUUCCAGAAGAGACCAGCAACCAGUUGCUCAGAUUGAAAAGAAAAAAUCAAGCAAUAACACAAAUUGUGAUGGGCUUUAUCAAUGCCUUUUAACUACUUAUGUAUGCUUGUGCUAUGCAAGUUAAACUAUGUAACUUUCCUUUAAACCACAGUAUGAUCUCAACUUUUUCCUCUUUGUAAUUCCAUUUUAGAGCAGCCGUUUUGGUCUUCCUACAGCUUUCCCAAUAAAGCAACUCCAACAUCAGAAUUCUGAUUAAAAAAAAACCCCCUCAGUAUCCCUGUUAAGUGACUACUGUAACCAUAA